AUGGAAACCUCAAUCGCACAAGGGCAAAUUAAAGGAAAAAUCGUGCUUGCGUUUACUCCAAACAAUGAAGCGAUACAAAAGGCAGACCGUGUAUUGAAUGCUGGAUGUGCUGGCAUCAUCUAUGCACAAUCUGUAGUUGAUCCUACGAUUUGCAGUGGCCUAGAUGUUCCUUGCGCCGUUGUAGAUUACGAAUUUGGAACUGACAUGUUAUACUAUAUCGAGACCACCGAUGUGCCUUUAGCAAAGCUAAGCACUUCCAAGACUCUUGUUGGUCGGCCUGUUGCAUCUAGAGUGGCUCGUUUCUCUUGUAGAGGACCUAAUUCAGUUUCCCCAGCAAUUCUAAAGCCAGACAUAGCAGCACCGGGUGUUAACAUUCUUUCUGCUGUACCUGAUGGGUAUAAGUUCAUGUCGGGAACAUCAAUGUCAACUCCUAUUGUGUCAGGAAUCGUUGGGCUAAUCAGACAAACCCGCCCUGACUGGUCUCCUGCUGCAAUCCGAUCCGCUCUUGUCACAACAGCAUGGAGGACCGAUCCAUCUGGAGAGCCUAUAUAUUCAGAGGGAGCAACACGGAAACUUGCUGACCCGUUUGACUAUGGAGGAGGACUGAUCAACCCAGAGAAAGUCACAGACCCUGGACUUGUUUACGACUUGGGUUUGGAUGACUAUAUUCAUUACUUGUGUUCUGCGGAUUACUCUGAUAAUGAAAUUUCCCAACUAAUUGGGAAACUUAAUCAAUGCCCUUCGCCAAGGCCUUCUAUGCUCGACUUCAACAUGCCUUCGAUCACAAUCCCAAGUCUCACUGGAGAGGUCACCGUGACUAGAACAGUAACGAAUGUUGGAGCGGCUGGUUCGGUUUACAAACCCGUUGUUGAGCCUCCUUUUGGAAUAGAGCUUGAGGUGAAUCCAAAGACUCUUGUGUUUGAUUCCAACACAACGAAGAAUACAUUUAGUGUGAGAGUGAGGUCGAAUCAUAAAGUGAACGGGGACUUUUAUUUUGGGAGCUUGUGUUGGACCGAUGGAGCUCACAACGUUACUAUUCCUGUUUCCAUCAGGACAAAGAUCCUGAGGAAUUACGUUUAA